CAUUGUUACAACAGCCUGGAGUUCGGAUCCAUAUGGCGCAGUAAUAUUCGCGGAGGGACAACCAAUGAUGUCUGCCCGUCCUUUCGAUUUUGGAGGUGGAAUAGUGAACCCCAAUAAAGCAGUGGACCCUGGUCUUGUAUACGACAUGGGGAUGGCAGAUUAUAUUCAGUAUUUCUGUGCGAAGGGCUAUAACAACUCCGCCAUCUCGGGGAUUACCAAGAGGUCCAUAUCUUGCCCCAAAAGACGACCAUCUAUUUUGGAUAUAAACGUGCCAUCCAUAACAAUUCCCAGCCUUACUCACCCGGUAAGUCUCACCAGAACUGUCACAAAUGUGGGUGCGAUCAAUUCCUCAUACAAGGCUGCCAUUGAGGCCCCGCCCGGCAUCACCAUAGCCGUAAAGCCUCGUAUACUAAAAUUCAACCACAAGAUGAAGAGCAUCUCCUUCACCGUUACUAUCUCUUCUAAUCACAGAGUAACAACCGGAUACUGUUUUGGAAGCUUGACUUGGCUGGAUGGAGUUCAUUCCGUUAGGAUCCCAGUUUCUGUAAGAACUAACAUUUGACGUUCACUUGAUAAUCAGUAAUCAGUGGCCAGUCAAAUGGACGUGUUUGUACGACCAAUAUCAUGUAGUAUAUGAAUAAAGUAUAGACAGACUUUUAAGAAA